AUGGUCGAGACUCGUUCAUCAUCUGUCCAGUCAGAUGACACACUUGCUCGUGUCGCUGGUUUGGAGAAGGCAGUAACGACCCUGGAUUCCCCUUUUGAUGCAUGUAUCGCCCGUUGCCUGGAAACUCAACUAGGCCCCAUUUUGCUCAAACUUAGAGGCGCUCAGCCUCCGUCAACUGGCCAACCAUCAGAUGCUUCCGGUCUAAUCUCUCCACCAGGUUCACAACCAUCCAUGUCCCUUCCUCCGUUCGAUGGGACAGAUGCAAUCGGGUGGCUCGCCCGCGCUAGCCAGUACUUUAUGGUGAACAAAACUCCCACUAGCAAACGUUUGGACCCGGCGCUCAUUGCCUUGUUAGGCCCAGCUCUCCCUUGGGUCCAAAUCUUAAUGCGUCGCUAUCCAUCUCUCUCGUGGGAUCAAUUUGCCCACGAGCUACUUGUCCGUUUUGGGGACAACACUGCCCGUGAUGGGUAUGAGGCUUUGGCAGCAACUAAACAUGUUGGCUCUCUUUCAGACUAUAUUGCAGCUUUCGAGUCACAUCUAGCACAGCUGCCCGACCUCACCGAUUGUCAGUUUUUGGGGAUUUUUCUGGCUAAUUUACAGCCAUCCAUUCGUUUACAGUUGCGUGAGAACAUCACGAACUAUUCUGAUGUUGUUCAGAUGGCGAAACGAUAUGAGAAAUUAUAUGCUCCUUUGGGCUCCACGACGAAAAACUCAUCGAGCAAUUUCUCAACCGGCCGUUUUUCCUAUCAAUCAUAUUCGAGUCUCGUUCAGACUGCCUCUAGGGAUUAUUCUACAUCCAUUACAGCCUCUCUCCCAAAUGGCCCGCGCCCGCCCCGUCGUUUUCACACCAUGCCACAAGAGGAAUAUCAAAAGCAUCUUGCAGCGCGUACAUGUUUUUUAUGUGGACUCAAGUACAACCCUACCCACCGUUGUCCACCCAAAACUUUGCAAUUCAUCAUCACGCACGAGGAGGACGAUUCCACUGAUGACGACGACCAGAAUUACAACAAUGAAUCUUCCAUCUGUUGCCACACCAUGAAGUUAUCUGGAAGCAUUGCCAUAUACAACGUCACGGUAAUGGUAGAUAGUGGUGCUAGUCAUUGCUUUAUCGCCGACCAUGUGGCUACCCGACUCGGUCUUGUCAUCACAUCCACAACUACUUUUUCUGUCCGUUUGGGUGAUGGAACCAAAGUGCGCAGUGGUGGGAUUUGCCACGAUGUCAAGUUGUUAUUGGCUUUGGAGCCAUUUCUACUUUCUUGUUAUGUCUUUCCUUUACGAGGGGUGGAUAUCAUAUUGGGAAUUUCUUGGCUGGCUUCACUCGGCGACGUCAAGGCCAACUGGCGGGAUUUAACUAUGGAGUUUACACUGUUAGGCUGCUUAGUACACUUACAGGGGGAUCCAACUCUCACCCGCCGGGCUUGCACGCCAUUUGAGAUCCGCUCCUUUGAAGCAGGUGAUGACUCUUGGCUCAUUUGGUCACUUGAUGCAGAUCAGACCACAACAGCUUUUGGGUUUGCUGAAACCCUUCCAGCCGCCUCUAAACGUCAACUCCAGGUCCUCAUUGAAGCUUUUCCGGAAGUCACUACUGCCGCUGCCUCACUUCCUCCUCACCGGCCCAUUGAUCAUUGCAUACCCCUACAAGCUGGCUCUCAACCAGUCUCCGUCCGGCCCUAUCGAUAUAAUCAUGCCCAGAAGGACGAAAUGGAAAAAUUGGUGUCCGAGAUGCUCACCGCCGGAAUCAUACAGCUAAGCACUAGCCCGUUCUCGAGUCUGGUCCUCUUAGUUCACAAGAAAGAUGGUUCAUGGCGAUUUUGUGUUGAUUAUCGUGAACUCAACAAGCGAACGGUGCCUUGCAAAUAUCCAAUUCUAGUUAUCCAGGAGCUUUUGGACGAAUUACAUGGUUCAAGAUGA